AUGCGUUCCUUCUGCCAGGUUGCCGUCAUGGCACUUCCCUUGUUCAGCGCGAUUGCAGCUGCGGAGCCCAAGGAUGUUGCAGACCACCCAAAGACCAUCUAUGCAACCGCACAGGAAGCUUUCCAGGACCUCCUGAAUGCGCUGCCGGAAGAAUCCUUGCAUGCAGCACUGAGCAAUCUCAAGGACUUUAAGAAUGGCAUCUUCGAGUCGCACCAUCGGGGAGUCGAAAACAUCCACAGCAACAACCCGGCGCUUGCUUCUAAGCUUAUCGUCGAUGCCGUCAAUGACUUGCGCAAGAGGCAGACGCCUUCAAACGGCACCAAUAGCGCCACUACCGCUAGCAACCCACCCGAGUCAAUCCAGAACUCCACUCCUGUGCCAACAACGAGCGACAACUUGCAACCUGAAACCAGCUCUGCUGCGCCACCACCACCACCGCCUGGAAGCAGUGAGGCCUCCGCCGAUACUACUCAGCAGCAAACUACAACCGCCGUUUCAACCACGACUCAAGAGCGGCCUGCCAUUAUUCCUGUCGAAAACACAGUAACCAAGGAUGGCAAGACGAUUGUGCAGACCACCGAGGUCCUUAGUGAAGUUACCGCCUCCGUCGCCGUGACUGUUGUGCGCACCAAUACAGCGGGCAGUACAGUAACAGAGACCGAGAACCGACCUGCCGUCGUCAAGACAACUACGGACCGAGCCGGCCGUACAACCGUCACCACUUCGGCGGUCAACUUUGCGCCAACAGCAGGCCAAGUGACGUCAACAACUGACUCACGCGGCUCUAUUGUUCUGACAACACUCACACCUGGCGGCGGUCUGGUUAGCAGCAUCAAGCUGAUCACCACGACUGAUGCACAGGGCCGCCAGAGCACAAUGACGACGUAUGCCUUUGUCGACCCAGUGCAAGCUACUGGCGCUGCCAAUAGCCCCAAUGCUCCCGGAAACGACAAGCCUUCGCUGCAAACUGGUGCCGCUGUCGCCAAUGGAGCCCAAUACGCUGCUGUUGGUCUUGGUGCCCUAGCCUUUUUCUUCUAA